GUAUAAAUAGGAUCCGAACAGUGGUAAGUCCAUCUUUAUUUUCGGAUACGAGUAGCGAGUUAAGAUGCCGCCUGCACCGAGUGGUAAAGCUGUUAAGAAAGCCGGGAAAGCUCAGAAGAAUGUUCGUGCUGGAGAUAAGAAGAAAAAGAAGAAGAGGAGGAAGGAAAGUUUCAGUAUUUAUAUCUACAAAGUUUUGAAGCAAGUCCAUCCGGAUACUGGAAUUUCUAGCAAAGCUAUGUCUAUAAUGAAUAGUUUUGUCAACGAUAUCUUUGAAAGAAUUGCCGCAGAAUCCUCUCGUCUCGCACAUUACAACAAACGAUCGACUAUUACUAGUCGAGAAAUUCAAACGGCCGUUCGUCUGUUGUUGCCAGGAGAAUUGGCAAAACACGCGGUUUCAGAAGGUACUAAAGCCGUUACAAAGUAUACCAGCUCCAAGUAAUUCUUCGAUGAAUACAUCAAAACGGCCCUUUUCAGGGCCAACAUAUAUUGGUAAAGAGUAGCCUGAUCUAUCUAAAUAGGAGUUUAAUAAGACAUGGUACGAAACCUACGAGCAAAAAUGAUCUAUAUAU